AUGGCAUCGCCGGCCAAAUUUUAUAGAAAGCUAGUUCUUAAGUUAUACAAAGCAAGAGCUAAACAUGAAUUUCUAGUACAGUGCCGCAUCAAUAGGGCGUUUCCCGUGUCUAUUUACAGGAUACAUCUUCCUGUUGGAUGUGAAUCGCUGUUACCUAAGCUUAAAGUUUUGUGUAUCAACAAAGCUAUUAGAACCACAAGAAGAAGUACCUAUGCUAUCUUGCAUAAGAUUAUAAAAGUAGAGAAUGAGCUUUUUACACAAGACCCAGAAGUAUUAAAAGAAAACAAUCUAUGGGUAAUCAGUCUUGCACAGAAAUAUGAGAGUAACUUAAAAAGAAAUUACAUCAAAAAACUUAGAUGGAUAUUCAAACAACAGAACAUAAAGCCUUCACCUAAUGUUAAAUCACCUGUCACUACCUGGGACAAUGUUGUGCCUCCUUCAUGCGUAUUAACUGCAUUAAAGUUUGGUCCUCUCUAUGCACCAUCUUCUACACCAACACCUGAAAACAUUAUCCCUGACACAGAACAAGCUAUCAGAGGUUUGAACAAUACUACACAAGAUUAUUUCCGCUGGAAAACACGUUUCCUCAUAUCCAAGGAAAGAAAACGAAGAUCUAAUAAGAAUAACAAUCAUUUCAUAUCGGUUAUAAACAAAGCACGCAUAUGGUUACUAAAGAACAUCAUCGUUUUCAUGAAAGCCGACAAAACCAAGGAGAUUGUACUUGCUAAACGCUCUUCUUAUAACAAGAAAUUACAAGAGUAUAUCACGGGUACCGAGUGCUCACUAGCACCUGGAAACUACAAGGAUUCCCUUCAACGAAGAGUUAUAAAAUUCACAUCAACACCCUUGGUUCGACUUUUGCACAUGCAGAAUGCUACAAUCUCUGCACCAAAGAAUCCCAGAAUUUUCGGCUUUGCUAAAACACACAAACCAGGAUACAACAUUCGGCCUGUCAUAGAGAAAUGCAGUUCUCCAACAUUUCUUAUUGAAAAGCAACUAGUUAACUUCAUUCGUUCCAAAGAAAACGUCCACCCAUAUACCAUCACUAAUGCGCUGCAACUAAUAGAGAAGCUCAAGGAUAUUGAUCUCAAAGAUAAUGAAUAUAUGACGGUCAUGGAUUUUGAUUCAUUAUAUUGUAGUGCUCCGCAACAUACUGUUAUUCUUAUUAUUGUAUAUAAAUAUAAUUUGCAUAGUUAUUAUCAUUUGUACUAG